GGCGCGCGUCAUAUCCGCCCGCUCGGCUCCGCAGCUCCAAUAUGGCGGCGCCCUGUGGCUCCUCGCAGCUCCCGGCCGCCGAGUCGCCGCUGAAGAUCCCCAAGAUGGAGGUCCUGUCGCCGGGCUCGCCGGGGGCGCUCAGCGACGGCAACCCGAGCCUCUCCGACCCCUCCACGCCCAGCGGCGCCUCCCCGCUGGGGCCGGGCGGGCCGGGCUCUGCCGCCGCCGCGGGGGCCGGGGCGGGGGGCGGCGGCGCGGGGGGCCGCGGCGGCGCGUCGCCCUCCGUCUCCUUCUCCCCCGGAGGCGCCGCGGCGGCCGCGGCCGCAGCCGCUUGCCGGGGCAUGUCGUGGACGCCGGCCGAGACCAACGCGCUGAUCGCGGUGUGGGGCAACGAGCGGCUGGUGGAGGCGCGGUACCAGCAGCUGGAGGGCGCCGGCACCGUCUUCGGCAGCAAGGCCCCCGGGCCCGCCAUGUACGAGCGCGUCUCCCGGGCCCUGGCCGAGCUGGGCUACGAGCGGACCCCGUCCCAGUGCCGCGAGCGCAUCAAGCAGCUUCCCAAGAGACAGAGUGAGUUAGUAAGGAAUGCAAAAUAUACCCUUCGCAGGUGUUACAGUCGAGUGAAAGAACAUGGUGUUGGGAAAAGGAAAAGCAGUUACACAUUUGAACAAUUGGAACAGGUGUUUGGUCAGGGAGGAUGGGACUCGCAGCCCUGCCAGCCUGUACUCAUUAAUAGUAGCGGCUUGUACCAGGAGCUGGAAUCGGAUGGCAGCACUAUGGAGGAAUAUUCACAGGAGGAUUGGGGCAACCACAGUCAGGAUCUUCACUGCUACCAGGGAGGAGACCCAGAGCUGGAUGAAAUUCCUGCCACAAAGAGAACAUUAAAGAUAAAGCAGGAAUCCUCAGAAGAAGCACAGAAGCAAGACGUCAUGCAGAACAUUGUGCAAAUCUUGGAAUCCGUCCAGUUAAAAUGGGAGCUGUUUCAGAGCUGGACAGACUUCUCCAGGCUACAUCUUUCUAAUAAACUAGCCAUUUUUGGCAUUGGUUAUAACACACGCUGGAAGGAGGAUAUUCGCUACCACUACGCUGAGAUCAGUUCCCAGGUGCCUCUUGGCAAACGGCUUAGGGAAUAUUUCAAUUCAGAGAAGCCAGAGGGCAGGAUCAUCAUGACACGAGUACAGAAAAUGAACUGGAAAAACGUUUACUAUAAAUUCCUAGAGAUUACUAUUAGCGAAGCGAGAUGCCUGGAGCUGCAUAUGGAAGUUGACUGGAUACCUAUAGCUCACUCCAAGCCAACGGGAGGAAAUGUUGUUCAGUAUUUAUUACCAGGGGGGAUUCCCAAAAGCCCUGGCCUGUAUGCCAUUGGUUAUGAAGAUUGCCAGGAGAAACCCCACUCGCCUCAUGCGGACCGCCGAGGCCCAGAUCCUGGGAAAGAGACUCAGGGGGAGGUAGAUGUCCCUUCACCGCAGGCCUCUCUCAGGGUGGAGAUGGAGUCCACCAGAAUAAUCUAUUGUUACCUUGGCAUUGCUGAGGUUAGAACUCUCCAGCAGUGCUUGUUUUUACAUUUUCAGGCCAACACCAAAACCUUCAGCAAAGAGUGGGUUGGAAUCAAUGGGUUUUUAUCUCAGAACUGCAUCGUAGAACCAGGGGUGUCGCCUAAAUCCAUCUACAUCAAAUUUGUGGAAGUGGAGAGGGAUUUUCUUUCUGCUGGCUCUUUGGUAGAGUGUCUGGAAAAAGCCAUUGGAUACCCAUUGAAGUUUAACAACUGAAUCUCGUCCUUCAUAAGGAUUAGGGCUCCUGCCUCCUUUCCAUGUUGCUAGCAGACGCUUGCGGAUCCUGUCUGUUCACAGUGGGGCAAGUAAGACUUUCAGAGUGAAAAUGAACUUCAGAGUGAAAGAUGCUUGCAAAUUAUUCGAAACAACUUGUCCUGAGCAAGUAAAAUAGACAGCUAACUUGCUUGGCAGGUCAACUGGUUUUAUAAAGAGAAGGAGAGCCUUGUAAAAAUGACUGUCGGUACAUUCCACAUUGGACAGAGCUUAUACUUUGCAUUUCAUAUGAAAAGCUGUUUUUUUCCACAAUGUUUCAUUUUUACACAUCUGUCUCUAUAUAAAGUGUUAUUACUGAUCUGAAUAAAUAAGCAAUAGAUAAUGGCAAGUUAAACCUUGGGUCACAUUAAAUGAGACUGUUUUUCAAUGCCACCCUUAGCUACUCUUGUAUAUAAUUUAGAGUUUCACUUUUUUCACCCAUCAAGUGUUUUACUAUUUCCGACCAGUGUUGCCUGCAAAGACUCUCGUUUCUGUGAUGUAUCCCACUUUACUAGUAGUGUUGCCAUAUCAGCUCCUUUUUUUUUUUUUUUUCACCAUUAAGGUAAUUCCUGGCCUUUUUGAGUUCUAGUUAGCCUCUCUGUGGCAGUGAGAAUAACCUGACAGCCGGGAAACAUUUUGUCAAACCAUGCUUAUCAAUACAAUCAAAGCUGUGAGAAUUUGGGGGGGUGGGGAGGGGAGGGAGGGGAAGGUUAUGGAUGGAGGGGAGAGUAAACAUUGAAUGCCUUUUCAAAACUGUUACUAUAUAAGCCCCAUCCUCCUGCUGGCUGAUGCUGGCUCUUUGAUUUUUCUAAAACUCAUUGAUCCGUGGAAGUUGUGACAUACAAUGAAUGUGUCAGUCCUAAUAAAAAAAAACCCAAACA